UAAUUUUGAGGAAAGAUUCUGAUGAGAAAACAUAGCACUUCGACAAUAAAAGCGAUAACCAUGGUGAUACGACCUUAAUCUACAAAGAUCGUUAUUGUUCUGAAAAAGGUUAUAUUCUUUGAUUUCACAUCGCGCCAUAUGCUCUUCUAGCAGAUACCUGGAUCGACUAUGUCUCCCCCAAACAGUAGCAGCAACAAGCCUUUCGUGAUUCCAUCUUUGAUUCCGCCUUUGCCCUCAUCUUCAGCCACAAGCAUUAGCCAGAAAGAAAAUAUUCGAUUUCAUUCCACGCAUGGAAACAAUAAGACUGCAUACGACGGGACUGUGAAACGAUCUCUUUUCUCAAAAUACCAGCAGGAUACUGAGAAGCAGAAAUUGAACAACGAUUCGUUCGUGUCAGCAGUGAAAGACGGAGGUGUCCACGGCCUCAAUUCUCAUCGACUACGAAGUGUGCCGCACUUGAAAGAUUCGAAACGGAAAGCACUAUCACCUGUCGAAAACCUAUCAUCGGUAUCGAGAAGAAAUCUCCACAAUGGGAAAAACAAUGAUUCGUCAAUCUGCAAGUCCCCAUCGUUCGCUUCUCCUUUGCCUACGAUACCACGAUCCUCUUCGUCAAUCGAUAAGUAUAACAGAAGUGGGAAAAAGCGAGUGCUGCUGUUCGGAGAAACGAUGGAAUCAUUAUUUUGUCUAAACAAAGCACACAGCACUGAAGAGCAAUAUGCACUUUGCAAUAGCAUCGUUGACGGAUCGCGAACAGAUGACCCAUCUGUAUGGAGUCGUGUGUUGGAAUUGACAAGGGCCCAACACCGGAAGACGAAUUUGCCGAAUUCUGACAAUUCUAACUGUAACAAAGAGAAUCUCAUUCGGUUGCAUCGACGGGCAACUCUGCGGUUUUCAUUGCGUGACAUGCCGGGUACCAAAGACUUCAACAAUUCAUCAAGAAAACAUCAGAGGGAUAUCUUUGAUAUUUGGCUCAGCUAUGCAAAGGUUCAUGCUAAGGUCGGAAAUUUGGAAGAAUCGCGUAGGACAUUCAAAUUCAUGGAAGAUAAUAAAAGUGCAUUGAUGGAUUAUGCUUCAUCAAUUGAUCAGCAGAAAGAAGAAUUUGGAAGUGCAUCUGUAUUUUACCUAUCCUUUGCGGACUUCGAAUCAAAUUAUGGCCACGACAAGACUCGAGCCCGACAAAUUUUGCUGCGAGGUAUAAAGGAGAAGGCAGAACCUAUCUCAGUUUUGGAAGAGGCAUUGACAGUUCUUGAUUGCAGUGAUGUUGAUUCCGAUGAAGUUACAAGGCGAUUCAGGAUGAAAGGAACUCCUGCGUCGGAGAAAAAGAAAGAGGUCUCAUUGGGAUCUAUCAAAUUCGAGAUUAAUCCUAGUCCAAACAGAGAGUACUAUCCCACUCCACAAUUCAAACGUCAGAUAUUAGGAUGUGACGUUCGUGGAAAGUCACCAAAACGGCCAAGGCUAGAUCGAAAUAAAUCGACCGAAACAGAAGCCGUUAGCAAGAAACUUUCAACAGAAGUUCAACCAAUGACCACAGAUAGUUCCAAAAAGACAAAUAAGAGCUCUAGCUUACUAGGGGAGACAGUUGUUGGCCCAACAUCUGCUAUUGGUCGAUCAGCUAGUCAGGGAAAACCUCCUGUUAGCAAGACGAGACUUGCACUGACAUCAAGAUUGGCCCGGAAGGGUUUGAGUGGAAAAGCAAAGCGAGUUGACUGCUCUGUCACCUACGAUGACGAUGACUUCUCUAGUGAUGACGAUUCCCAACAUGAUAGCACAAAGCCGACAUUAAAGACACAAGAGCGCUCGACUGAAUCCAAAUCGACAGAAGGAAAGUCGUCAUCAAAAUUGUCAUCUUUCAAGAAGUUGGAUCUGAGCUACAUGUGGGAAUGGGAUCCAAACAAAAAAGGAAAGGAUCAGAACGAAAUUGAGAACCAGAAGUCAUCUGAUGCUAGCAAUUCGACCGGAAGUGGAGUGUCAACUAACAACACACAGCUCUCUACAAUCAAUACUCAUCAAUCAGGAUCAAGUGAGGAAAACGCCUCGGCCGAAAAAGAUGCUGCUCAUUCCUCUUCCACUGACAAACAAUCGCAACGCCAAUCGCAAACAACGGAACAGACAACACCGGCAGGCGAGCUUGUCUCUAUGAAGAAGGAAGAGAAUGACUCCGCCACACUUGGAGAACUCGCAAAAAAUCCUGAAUCAGAUGUCGACCGGAAGAAACUUGGGAGUGAUAAAUCCAUUCGAAAUCAGGUGGAUAAUUCCGCGAUGUCAAGACGCGAAGCUCUAGUUGCCAAGGCUAACUUGGAAUUUCUUCCGCUAGUUCACGAAGAUAAUAUUUUGAAAGUGCGUGGAUCGACCUACGCUAAACUUGGAGUGAUUGGAAAGGGUGGGUCCUGUAAAGUAUAUCGGGCUCUUUCCAAGAAGUGUUCUGUCGUGGCGAUAAAGAAGGUAAAACUCGCUGGAAUGGAGAAAAAAGCGAUUGAAGGAUACGCAAACGAGAUUUCUUUGUUGAAACGGCUCCGAGGCAACCCAGCAAUAAUUCAAAUGUACGACAGCGAAGUGGAUUUACAACGAAAAUCUAUAUUUGUUGUCAUGGAGCUAGGUGAAGUAGACCUGAAUCAUGUUCUUCAACAACGAGCCCUCUCUGAAAGAUCAAGGUCAUUGAAUAUGAAUUUUAUCAGAUUGACCUGGCAGCAAAUGCUCAGUGCAGUCCAUUGCAUCCAUGAAGAAAGGAUUAUUCACAGUGAUCUGAAGCCAGCCAAUUUCCUCUUUGUAAGAGGCGCCCUCAAGCUGAUUGACUUUGGUAUUGCCAAGGCCAUAGUGAACGAUGAUACAACCAAUAUUUAUCGUGAAAAUCAUAUCGGUACCUUAAACUACAUGUCGCCUGAGGCCAUACUUGACACUGGUUCUGGGGAGGAUGGACCUCGAAUGAAGAUAGGACGUGCUUCCGACGUAUGGUCACUGGGCUGUAUUCUAUACGAAAUGGUAUACGGGAAGACACCAUUUUACAAGCUCCAUUUCAUCCAAAAGCUGCAAGCCAUCGUGAAUCCUAAACAUAAAAUUCACUUCCCAGAAGACGACGAAGCAGAGGCAGCGAUUCAUGCAAUGAAAUUAUGCCUUCGUAGAAACCCUGAAGAGAGACCACCUAUUGUUGGAAAAAAUGGAUUGUUGAAUGAUCAUUGGUUUCUUCAUUCAAGGAGGCAUCCGAAGUGAGUCGGUUGUAGACAGGGAUGAAACGAAAGGGGAAAUUAAGAAACAAGAAAAGGAAAUGCAACGGUGCAUAUGUAAUGUUUCUACGAGAAAAAUACUUUCUAACAAGUAUGGCUCCUAUUUGUAAUAGUAUAAUUUCGUUGACACUGGAACCUUUUGAAGAGUUGUAGACUUCUUUCUUGGCGAGUGCUUUGCAUAGGAUGGUAGGUUUUCCCCUGCCAGUCGCCACUGUAUGGGUAUUUCCAGCAUUU